CUCUUGGCGCCUGCGUGCUCUUUUUGGGCCUCCGCCAACUAGGACCUAACGUGGGUCUGUGGUGCGGGCCGGGGUUCUGGUCUGCCGACCGGUCGUGUUCGGCGGGGGAGUGGAGACAAGAUACCCCCCUCCCCCGUGCUUCCCCCCAAGGUGCGCCAACGCCCGCGGCCCUGUGAGAGGUGACACGCCACCGCAUCCUGAUCCCUCUGAGGUGAAGAGAAGCCCGGGAGACUGUCAAAGCGUGUCUGUCUCCUUCUGACUGCCCGACGAGUUGGAUUUGAUGGGCUUGGUUGUAGGGAACUCCGUCCCGUGUUCAAGCCCUGUUUUUCUACCCUAGUUUCUUCUCUGCGUAGAAACCAGAAGAAUGACUGACCGGGAAGAAGCCGAAAUGCAGGUUUCAGAAUUGGAUUUACUCUCUAGCAUGUUUCCUUAUGAUGAGGAGUUCGUGGUGACUGACCAGCUGGCUGUAGCAGAACUGAAGCACUAUGUUGAGAAUCCGUCUGCAGAGAUGCCGUCUUCAAAAGUUCAGUUUAUACUGAAUGUAAAACCAGAGGUCUCUGAUGCCUCAAUGGUGGAAUUCUCUAUGGCCUGUGCUUUACCAUUUAGAUACCCAACUGUUCCACCAGAAAUUACUGUGAGGUCAUCAUUAUUAAGCCGCGCUCAGCAGGUUCACCUGAACUCUGAUCUAAAAAUGUAUCUGAUGGAAAACUGCUGUGGUGAACCCUGCAUGUUGAGUGCAAGGGAAUGGGUUAAAGACCAUGCAGCUGCUUACGUUGACAAAGAGCUUUCGUCUUCCUCAGAGUCAGCAUCAAAUGCCAUGCAGUCAGAAGACACCAUCUUCACUCGGUUGUGGAUCUACAGUCAUCACAUAUAUAACAAGCAAAAAAGAAAGAAUAUUAUUGACUGGGCAAAGGAGCUCUCUCUGACAGGAUUUUCCAUGCCAGGGAAACCAGGUGUUGUUUGUGUAGAAGGUCUACAAAGCAGUUGUGAAGAGUUCUGGUCAAGAAUAAGGAGAUUAACGUGGAAAAGAAUUCUCAUUCGACACAGGGAAGAUGUUUCUUUGGAAGGUGGAGAACAUACUGAGAUUCAGAAGCAAAGAAAGUUUUCCAUGUUGGAAGAAAAAUGUUUUGAUGCCCAUGGUACCAGAGGAAAUCAUAUGGAUUUGGGACAGCUGUAUCGGUUUCUAGAAGAAAAAGGAUGUGCUGAUAUUUUUCAGAUGUACUUUGGGGUUGAAGGGCAUUGAAGAGGUUAAAGCUCACCACAGGUCCAAGUGCCUACAUUUGUAAGUAAAUCCGUGUACCAGAUCCCUUAGCUGUUCUGCAGCAAUCCAUCAGAGAGGGAAUUAAUAAUUUGGGGAUGAA